AUGGACAGCCUGGAAGACUUUGAGAAGCAGCUCGCUGCGGAGAGGGCGGAGCGUGAGCGCGCAAAGGAAAAGGAAGAACGACGCAAGCACAAACAUCAUCGCCGCGACAGAUCAUCAGAGCGCGACCGCGACCGAGAUGGACACAGGGACAGGGACAAGGACAGGGACAGAGAUAGGGAAAGGGGAAAAGAUAGGGACGGUGACCGCCAUCGAUCACAUCGAUCUCGAGACGACGACGACGAAAACGACAAGGAUGGCCACCGACACAAGCGGUCGCGCCAUUCGCGUGACGAUGACCGCCACGAAGAGGAGUCGCGACACCGGCACAGACACAGGGACCGGUCAAGAGAAAGGGACAGGGAACAUAGAAGUGACCGCAGACACAGCACCAAGGACACGAAAGACCUCAAACCAACAGACGCCAAAGAGGAUCUCCCCUUGCCGGACGAGGAGAAGGCUCCCAUGGACGUUGACAAACCGGCGCUUGUUCGCGACUCGUGGAUGACAGCACCAUCUGCGAUCGAUGUCGAUUACGUUCAACGAGGCAGGAAGAGGAGUCCGUCGCCAAAGAAGGAAGAGCCGAAACGGGUUCUGCACGAGAGGGAGGUCAACAGAGGGUUAGCUGAUAUGACGGACUGGGCAGUGCCGGUUGAGCGGGGUGUCGAGAGAGGGGAAGAACCUCCACGGAAGCGUGAAGUCACCUACACAUUUGGUGAUGAAGGAUCGCAAUGGCGGAUGACCAAGCUAAAUGCAGUUUACAACACGGCUGAGCAGUCAGGCAAGUCAGUUGAGGAGGUCGCCAUUGAACGUUUCGGAAGCCUCGAUGAAUUCGAUGAGGCCAGGGAAGAGAAAAUCGAGUUGGAAAGGAGGAAGCUGUACGGCGAGGGCUACGCUGGCAAAGAGAAGCCAACGGGCGAGCUUUACGCAGAGCGCCUGGCAAAGAUGCAUUCCCGGCAGCCCGAAUCCCCCGGCCGCGGCGCUUCACCGCCGCCCGCACAAGGCCUUGUCAUCGAGGAUCAACUACAGAAGGCGCCUCCCAUCGACCAAUCGACCCUCAACCGCAUGCGCGCCGCCCUUAUGAAAGCCAAGCUCCGCAAGGCCCCCGAAGCCGCCAAGCUCGAAGAAGAGUACAACGCCGCCAUGGCCGCCUUCCAAGCCGGGAACGCCUUCCAAGCCGGCAGCGUCUCAGGCGCCGCCGUCGUCCUCAACGCCUCUCACAACCGCAUGCUUGCCGGUCCGCGCGGCGAAGUCGUAGCGGUAACCAACACCAAGCGCGGCCGCGAGCGCGGCACCGUGAUCGAAAACGAAGACAUGUCCAUCGACGACAUGGUUCGCGAAGAGCGCCGCACGCGCGGCCAAGCCGGCGGCGAAGGCUUGCGGUUAGCCGAGCGCAUCGCCAAAGACGCCAAGUUUGACAACGACCUCGAGUACCUGGACGAAAACGCCGCUAAACUCGCCAAGCGCGUGCACAAGAACGAGGCUUCCCUGAAAAACGUGGCCGUGGCCGAGUAUCGCAAGCUAAACAAGAUCCUGGAUACCUGCCCCUUGUGCCAUCACGAAGAACAAGCCCCUCCGAGAAACUUGCCAGUCGCGCCCAUCGUGUCCCUCGCCACCCGCGUCUACCUGACCUUACCGCCUGCCCCCGAACUGAACGGUGCCGAAGGCGGCGCCUUGAUCGUGCCCAUCAGCCACCGCACCAAUUUACUCGAGUGCGACGACGACGAGUGGGAAGAAAUCCGCAACUUCCAAAAGUCGCUGACCCGCUUAUACCACGAACAAGGCCGCGAGGUUUUGUUUUACGAAAACGCCGCCGCUCCCGGACGCAGGUUGCACGCCGCCAUGGCAGCCGUCCCCAUCCAUUGGGACCUGGGCGAUACCGCGCCCGCCUUCUUCCGGGAGGCGAUGCUUAGUGCCGACGAUGAGUGGGCGCAGCACAAGAAGAUUAUUGACACGGGCAAAGCGGCGAAAGACAUGGGAAGGAUGGCGUUUAGGAGGAGCAUCGCGAAGGAGAUGCCAUAUUUCCAUGUGUGGUUUGGACUGGAUGGCGGGUUGGGACACGUGGUGGAAAACUCGGAGAGGUGGCCGCGGGGAGACCUUUUUGCGAGGGAGAUCAUUGGCGGGAUGUUGGAUGCUGAGCCAGAUGUGAUUAAGAGGCAGGGCAGGUGGGACAGAGCCGGGGAUGCGGAGAGGGCGGAAGGGUUUAAGAAGCGGUGGAGGAAGUUUGACUGGACUAGGGUAUUGACUGAGGGGGCUUGA